GCGUUCUAACCGCUAGCGGGCGUGGAAGCUCUUUACUCGAAGACCUGGUCUGAAGAUCUGCUCGGAAGGUUCUGUUUGAAGAGGAGUGUUUUUUUUUUCUCGAAGAGAGCAUCGUAGUUUCGUCGAGUAGUGGCGUUCGCACGUGAGCUGAAUAUCAUUCGUUUUAGUCGCAACUACUAGCAACAAUCUGUUAGUGCAGUUUCGCGGUGCAGUUCAGUGUCGCGAAAUACACAAGGGGGCACCCGCGCGCUCGAUAUAUCACCCUCAUUUUGUUUAGUGUGAAAUUGGACGUGAUUUGAAAAAGAGGACGACGACGCCGCCGUGGCCCACACACGCAGGCCCCUCGUACUUUCCAGAAUAUUGACCGAAUUUUGCAAAGUAUAUUGUGCAAAGUUUAGUAGUCGGUUGAGGUUGGAAGUUAAAGUUUGGAAUAGUUGAGUGCGUACGGAUUUAUCGAUCAAGAUGAAUUUAAUUCAGGAUGACAACAUCGAUAAUGCGCUGUCGGUGUUUCGAAGUGAACGCCAAUUCCUGGAAGACUCCCAGGUGCGGAUACCGCCCAAGCCAGCCUCGUUCGGCAAGGGGUCCGCCAACGCCAAAACUGAGGGGGCCUCCUCGCCCAACAAGCGGCCCAACGCCGGCAUCAAGAUCUACAACCUGAUCAUCCUGCUGGUGGACAUCGUGGUGAUGCUGGUCCGCUGGAUCUACUUCACACUGGAGUCGAUCUACCUGCUGGUGGUCCCGCCGAAGCCCGUCGACGUGAGCAAGGACGUGGUGCUGAUUACGGGCGCCGGCCACGGCAUUGGCCGCUCGCUGGCCCAGCAGUACGCCGCCCUCGGCGCAACCGUCGUCUGCGUCGACAUCAACGACAAGAUGAACCAGGAAACGGUCGCCGCGAUCAAGCAGCAGAAGGGCAACGCCUUUGGCUAUGUGUGUGACGUGACGAACCGCGAGCAGAUCAUCGAGGUGCAGAAGACUGUCAAGCAGCAGGUAGGAGUGGUGACCAUUCUGGUCAACAACGCCGGAAUCAUGCCAACGCAUCCGCUGUUCCAGCAGACGGAGAAUGAAAUCCGGAAGACGUACGAAAUCAACGUGAUGGCACACUUCUGGAUGCUCCAAACCUACCUGCCCGACAUGAUCCAAAAGAACCGCGGCUUCAUCGUCGCCCUGUCCUCGAUCGCCGGCCUGAUCGGCCUCAACAACCUUGUUCCGUACUGUGGCAGCAAGUACGCCGUCCGCGGCAUCAUGGAAUCCCUGGCCGAGGAACUCCGCCAAGACCCGCGCAAGCCCGCAAUCCGCUUCACCAGCGUGUACCCGUACAUGGUCGACACGGGCCUGUGCAAAAAGCCCAAGAUGCGCUUCCCCAGCCUGAUGGGCCUGGUCAAGCCGGACGAAGCCGCGGCCGCCAUCAUCGACGGCCAGCGGCGGGGCCUGGAGGAGGUUUCGAUUCCCAAGUACCUGAUCUACCUGAACGCGUUUGUGCGAUGCUUCCCGGGCAAGGCCGCGAACCUGCUGCGGGACUUCCUGGACAGUGGCGUCGAGUCGGAUCUGUGAGCGGGGACGAAUUCACACGCAGUUGCUUGGUUUUAGGUUAUUAAGUGAUUAAUUUCUGUUCUGUUCCUAAUGGACUGUGUACAAGUUAGGGAAUCUCAAAUUGCAGCAGUUUCUUGAUAUUUGUUUAAUUUUUUAAUGAAUGUAGAAGUUACAAAUACACAAAAGGGCAAGAUUUACAUCACAAAUACACGCAGUACGUAAACGUAGAUUACACUCGAUUAGCACAACUAGAAGAACAAUAAAAAAGGAGGGGUUGAGAACGUAUUCAGUGAAUAUAAUGAAAGGUUCACUAGUUUUUUAAAGUUAACAUGAAGAAAAAAAUUCUGCCUUUUACAGAUCUUUACCGAUAAGUAUGGAGAAAUGAGAUAAUAAAAAUGAAAAUUAUUAAAAUUC